AUGGUUCAACCAAAAUUGUGGAAGAAAGUAAUUAUAAUAAACUUAAUUAAUUUCUAUGCUUUUUUACCAAUUGAUUAUACGCUGCAAGAACUGAUACCCAUUUUGGAUGAAGCAAAAAAAUUAUUUCUAUCAGAAUCAACUCUAUUGGAAGUUGAAGUGCCAUGUGUUGUGAUUGGUGAUAUCCAUGGACAGUACGAAGAUUUACAUCGAAUUUUUUCGGUUCUUGGUAUAGGUCGGAAAAGUGGAGCCGUGAAACGACGUUUUGUAUUUCUUGGUGAUUAUGUUGAUCGUGGGAUGAAUUCAUUGGAAACAAUUUGUUGUCUCCUGGCACACAAAUUAAUGUUUCCAAAAAUGUUCAACAUGUUGCGCGGAAAUCACGAAUCAUCAGAAAUAAAUCAUAUAUAUGGCUUUCAAAUGGAGCUUGAGCGGAAAUUUCCAGCAAAUAAUGAGGGAUUUAGGCUAUGGAAUGCAUUUAAUGAACUAUUUGCUUGCUUACCACUUGCAGCAAUAAUUCAAAAUAAAAUAUUUUGUGCUCAUGGAGGUAUCGGACCGGAAUUGAAAUGUUUGAAUGAUAUUAGAAAGAUCAAACGUCCAAUUUCUGAUCCAACAGAAUCACCCUUAGCAUGUAGUUUGUUAUGGUCUGACCCUAUGCUUGAUUUGAAAGGUUUCAUUAGAAAUUCAAUUCGUGGAGCUGGUUAUUUCUUUGGUGAAGAUACUGUAAUUGCCUGCUGUGAACAAUUAAAUAUCGAUCUUAUUGUCCGGGCACAUCAGGUGAUAAUGAAUGGCUACGGUUUUUUUUGUAAACGAAGAUUAGUUUCGCUUUUUUCGGCACCGCGUUAUCUCUUAUCAAAGGCAGGGAUUGGCUUUAUAUUACUUUGCCCGGUAACACCUGAAACACAAGGAGAAGAACAUUUCCGAAAUUUUUUCACAAAAAACAAUGACAGUUCAUCGUUUGCUUCACGGAACGCUGCAGCAGAAGGUUUUAUAUGCGAAUCUAUUGAUAGCUUCCGGGGCAACGUGAAUUGA